GUUAGAGGUGCCGACAAUAUGCUACUUCUCGUGACCUGCUCGUGACUAUCGCGUGACGUACACGUCAUGUGCGGCUAAUCAGCAAUUGCAUUUCUAUCAGACAGCCUGAAUUCUCAAUCAGUUAGGCACAAAUCGGGGUGAUUUGCACCCGCAAGUUUACUAUACUUUGCAGUUUUCGCUUGUGACAAUGUCUCAGUCAAGUGGCACAUCAUCAUGUGACACCAGUCCGUGGAGUGACGAGAGUGGAAUCCCAUGCGUUGUUUGUAACAAGGAGUUGUACUCUUGUUGUACGUGCGGUCUCGGACGUGCAAAGAGCGGUAAAAUCUGCACGUUUUGUAGGCACGUGGUGUGCAGCACUAAAGGAUGCUCGACGAAAGUAAAGCGUCUACAGGGAAGGCACUCUUCGGGUCGAAGCUGCAGCUACUGCCGUGAUUUUUUCCUUUCGCCUUCAAACGAUGGAGAAAUGAUGGUGGAAGGAACUUUUGACAAGAGAGAAGGGCGACAUAACGAAAUAACCAACCCAUAUAGGGUUUGCAUGACAAGAGACAAGAUGAAACCAGAAGCAACAGUUCACUGGCAAAUGCAAGCUGCACAAACAGAAAGUGAUUUUAACUAUUCGAAUUCUCUAGAAGGAUACGGGAAAUUUUUGCUCAUAUCGAAUGUGGAUAGCAUAUUGUUUAAGAAACAUGCCGGCACUUCGGAAGAAGAGAAAUUCUCUGUAACUUUUAAACUCAGCGGUGACGACGAUCGUAUCGUGAGUUACAUAUUCGAAACGCAAGAUGAAGAGCUGUUUCAGAGGUGGCAAAGAGCUUUGAAAUCUGCAUACCAUGUGAUAAAACGACGACUCGCUGAUGAUACAACCCCUUUGAUUCAAGGAAGUAGUGCUUACGAAGGACAUGAUAUUCAGUGAGCCAGCUUGUCGACUCCUACAGUGUACGUCUACAUUACUUUAGUGUCUGCAUGGAAAUUGCCGAUAAAUUAGUAUUGUCAAAUAGUACAAAAAGUUUUUC